AUGACUGAAUAUGGUUACGGAAGUAGUAAUGGCUACGCGCCUUUUAUGGUAAGAUAAGAUAACAUGGUAUAUUAGUAGGGUUUAGCUAUAUUGUAGGAUAAGAUAUAUAGUUUAAGAUACAGUAGGGCAAGGUAUGUUAUAAAAUUUAUUUUCACGUACAAUAAGGUGGCAUGGUUACUUAGUAAAGACUGAAUUGUAAUAGCUAUAGUAUAGUUUUAGCAAAAACUUUAAAUUAUAUUAUUUUACUAUGUAAUGAUGGUAUAUGACCUAUAGUAACAUAGAACCAUGAAAUAACUUUGUGAUCUUUUAAGUAUUUAAUGUAGACUUUAAGUUAAUGUAAGCCUACUAUGACGACUGUACUUUUAAAUGUGUUGAAAGUUGUCUCUACCAUCAUACAUUUCUACCAUACGACUUUAAACAUACCCAUAUCGUAUGUUUAAGUUGUAGAUUACACUUUGUGUUUUAAAUAGUAAAUCUAAACUGUAAGCCGGAUGGGCGAAGAACGCUGAGCUUAAGGUUGUUAUCUGAUAUUAAUAUCAGCCUUCUUAAAUAGUAAGAGAUUACUUUACUGUGUAAAGGUAGUUGAGUGUACAUAAACAGUUAUUACAUUACUCUGGCUAAGCUAUAUCAUUAUUAAGUUGCUUUAACUAAGUUGUGACAUUACCGAGCUAACAUAACUUGGUUACAUUACAGAGUAUAAUAAACUAGUUAUAACAUUACUCAGUUAAAACAACCUAGUUAUUACAUCACUAAGUAGAAUUGGUACGUAUAAUAUGGUACACUUGCGAUUACGAUAUUGGCUGGUAUGUUUGCUUAUAUCAUAGUUAACAUGGUGAUAUUUAGAGUAUAACAUAGUGGUUUGCAGAGUAUUUUUGAGUUGUUUUUGGUACAAACAUUAGAACUUAAGUAGCAUAGUAAAGUCUUGUCAUCAGAGUCAAGUAGCUAAGGGAGGGGUGUUCUAAUAAAGCAAAGUCGGGUGGCUUUUCUUAAUGAUUUGUAAAAAUGGAUUUUUUACUUUUAUAGUAUUAUAUUGCUCGUCUUACCUUUUCUACUGUUAUAUAAAAUACUAUUGUACAUAUCACAGUAAAUGUGCCUUACUAUUAUAUAACAGAACUAGACAGUUAGUACAAUGUAUAAUUAGAAGUAUACUAUGUACUAUGUGUUUUUAAGUAUAAAUUAUGAAAUUUGGGGGAUAUGCGACAUACUAUAGUAGGGCAGUUUUACAGUAUUUUGUAGUUAUUAUAACGUAUCUUUUCUAGAAAAGAUACGUUAAAAGUCAUGCCAAGAAACGUACGAGCAAUGAAUAGACAUAACGACAAACAAUGUAGAAUGUAGUCAUUUGAACAGCUUGACGUUGUUUUAUCUUGAGAAACGUCAUGUUCAUCUACAUAAACAUAAGUGGGUUGGGGUACGUACCAUAUUUGUAUUUACAGAGUAUGUUGUUUGUAGGGGCACUUAUUGUACUUUAGGUACAAAAUUCUGUUUUAUAUGAUUUGCAUAUAUGAAGUUAUCUUAACUUUGUAUAUGGUAUACGGUUAACAUAGUAACUUUAUAUAAGGUUAAAAUAGGUUUAAAGCUCUUUAAAAUAUAUUAUUUACAAGUUCUUGCCCCAAUGACAUCACAACGCAUUGUUAUCUACUGUCGUACAACCUGUUUAUAUCUUGUGCUUGUUUACCUUGCGUAUCGCACUUGUUACAGUCUUUGUUGUAGUAACUAUGGCUAUUAUGUUAUAACGGCAUCGGCUUGUUUAUGCAUUGAAUGCGAUCUUUGAUGACAGAACUCGUACAACGUUUAUGUGAUGACUAAAAGUAUAUAAGUAUAGCGUUCUCUAUAAGGUUAGUUCAAAAGUAGGUAUUAUUUGGGGGAGGGGGGGGGGAGAGGGGUAGGAAAGAGGGCAGGGUAGAGAGAAAGAGAGACUUUUAUUAAAGAAAUAUAGAAGGAGGGGGGGGGGAGAGAAAGAGAGGAAUUGCGUGAUUACCCUGCCCCCCCCUUACCUCUCUUCGUCUUAAACCGCCUUACCUCACAAUACCUCGCCCUAUUCUACCUCACGUUACUUUACCUUGUCUUACUCUACUUUGUCCUACCUCUCCUUACCCCACCCUACUUCACAUUACUUCACCCUACCCCACCCUACCUUAUUAUACCCUGCCCUACCUCUCCCUACAUCGCUUUACUGCAACUUCUAAAAUUUUACUGUACCACCUGUACCUAUAUGUUUUUCCAACAAUUAUGUUUCCACCGUACUCUGCUCCUCUGUCCCCCCUUUUAUGUGCACCUUAAGGCACCGAAAGUGGUUUCUUAUUGUCUUUGGCUUUGUUUGAAAGUAAAUCGAGUAGCUAGCUGUCAAAAAAAAGCGGCAUUUCGUUCGAAAUUCAGACGUUUCACUUUUUGCGAAAAAAAGUAUGCAUAAUUUUACAGUUUUCUGGUGGGUAGCUACCGCAAUAUAACACGUUAAAGGGGGAAGGGGUAGACUGUGACAAUAUAACACGUUAAGAAGUGUUAGGGCUUUGACGAUACAACAGGUUAUAAGAGGGUAUGACUACUACAAUAUACAACGUUAAGGGGGUAUGGGUAGAUUUGUAGGUAUAGUAAAAACUUCUGAUAAUAACCUAGAUACAACAGUAUUUUAGGUCAUUUAAAAACUAAUUUUUCAAUAAAAUCGAUCGUAUUUUAUCUAAAAUUCAUAUUUUCCAUCAUAAAAAGAAUUUUUUAGUGGUACGAUGACAUGUCUUUAUAUAUAAUGCAUGACAUUCAUUAUGUAGACUAAGAAAACAUGUCUUUUAUCAAAAGAAUGUAGUAUGCUAACAAAUUUUACCAUAUAUAUUUAGCUUUUACUCUUUUUGACUGUGAGGUAUAAGUAUUUACAAGCUUUAUUAAAAUUUGUAUAAUAAUUAAUUUUGGAUUACAGUACCUAUAUUUAUGAUUACAUUACUCAUAUGUAUGUAGUACUGAACACAAGAUGAUUUAUUACUUUUAGUUUCUAAUUUGAAUUUCUUCAAAAUUCAACUUUUUUAAUUUCAGUCAUAUUCAUCUGAACCGCGACGAAAAACUUCACAAUGCACUUUAUCGCCGUCGCUCCUAGAAUCUGAAAACGAGGAUUCAGAAGGCGCUACUGGAAUUGGAGCACGAUCCAAAAGCACAAACGACGCUGGACGUAGAGUAAGUUUUACAACUAUUUUUAAAAUAUAUGUUAGAUGGUAAAACGUUUUUGAUAGUUAUUUUGUAGGCAUCAGACUUUAAGCAACUAGUCUUUGUUGCCUCAGCCCUAGCCUUAGCACUGGCACUAUAACAGUGCAUUGUCAUACCAAGAGUAUUUUUUAUUGAGUAUUUUUACACUGAAGUACGGGUAGGUCAGCAUAUUAAGCCAUAUGUUGACUAUAACAAUAUGUUUCUUAUAGCAAAGCUGCUCAAGACUUGUUUUAUUCUAACUAUAACAUAUUUUAAAGUAUGUUAAAAGUAAAAUAUACAUGAAUACAUCUACAGUACCACUAAGAUACGUUGGUCUGUCGCCCUUUUGUUGCUUAAUCUCUUUGUUAUGGCAGUAAUUGAAACCAUAUCAUUGAGAACUAAUCCCAAACUAAAAUAUCCACAGUUACAUACGUUUCUAGGGAUAUGUUUUAUACAUAUACUAUUACAUUUCUUUACAUCUUUAUAUUUAAUGCACUUUUAAACAAUUUCAAGUUUUUUUCGAACAUUUUUGAUUUUAGGUUAUUAUAAUGUUCAUAUAAUUCUGAGCCAAAGCAACUUUUUGAGUUAGGGAACUCAUAAUUAUUUGAACAACCUAAUACUUCUUAAACUUCACAUAAAGGACCGCCGGCUGAAAUGAAUAAAGUUAAAAUUUUAUAUGCAAAUAAUCAAUUUUUUCGUAUUUUACAUAAUUUUCAAAUUUUCAGCCGAGUCGCAACUCUCUGGGCGUAACCACUCCCCAAUCGCCAGCCCGCUCCCCCUCUAAUCUCUCCGUCCCGCGACGUCAGCAACGUCGCAUGAGUGUUGACGAGAGUCAGCAACGUCGACUACAACAUCUGGCUGCCAGAACCGGGGUCCUAACAGCACCAAACGGUCACAAACUCUCGUUGUCUGGGUUUGGCAUGAUGAAUGGAGCCAAUGGAGAUGAGGUAGGGUAACAUAAUAUACUUUUGGUGUAUUAAGAUACCAUGGAAUACGUAAUGUAUUUUUGGUACAGUAAGAUGCUUUUGGGUACUGUAAGAUGAUUUUGAGUUUUGGUACAAAGUUCAAGCUACUUUAAUAUAUAUUUUGUUAGGAAUCUCUUAAAGGACCUGUAAAGAUAGCGUUUGAAAAAUCGCCAUGAACCUGGCAUAUGUCUUAGCGUGGCGGGACCAAAAGGAAAUUCUCGCGUAAAAUAUUUUUAGAAAUUUUUUUCAUGGAUAAUAUUUCGAUGAAUCUCCUUGAUUUCACUACAAAUUGCUGUUCUAAAUAUUGUCUCUGUGCUGUAAAAUGCUAUUGCUGGCUGAAGUUUUCCAGGUUUUAUCUGAAUUUACACUUUUUUGUUAUUAUAGUGUAUUUUCCGGUAACGUUUUGAGAACUUUGGCCAGAUUCAAGUUAAAUAAACUUUAAAAGUUGAUUGGUGAGUAUUUUUUAUAAUAUUUAUGUUGUUUUAGAUGAAUAAUCUAUUUUUAGACACCCAUUAUUAAGUUCCAACUGUUUUGAUGUAACUUCGCACUUCGAUGUUGUUAUAGCGCAAUGUCGAGCUAAAAGAUGAAAGCUUUGGCCGUUUUUGGACUUGAAAACUUACAGAAUGGCUGGAGAAGACGUUAAAGAAUGUUUUUAAACUGUCGUGGACAAUUCUGGCUCAAAAAGCAGGCUAAGGAAGGAUUUCUGCCGGAUACGAGCUAAAACAAGGUCAACAAGCAAUUCGUAAGUGUUUUAUUGCCAUUUUUGUUAUUUUAGGUAUCAAAUUGGCCAGUUUAACUAAUUGUAUAACUUGUCAUAGACUUUCGGCUAUUUUAAUAUCAUAAACACUGCCCAAUUCUCAGUUGUUACCUAAAAAUUCUGCAUUAACAGAAUAUUCUGGUAAAGACAGACGGAAAUUAGUUGGAAGAGGACAUGCACUUGUGGAUUUAGCUUAGUUAGCCAAUUUCUACCUAAAACAACAAAAAUGGCAAUAAAAUACUUACGAAUCGCUUGUUGACCUUGUUUUAGCUGGGAUCCGGCAGAAAUCCUUCCUUAGCCUGCUUUUUGAACCAGAAUCGUCCACAACAGUUUAAAAACAUCCUGUAGCAUAUUCUCCAGCCAUUCUGUAAGUUUUCAAGUCCAAAAACGGCUUAAGCUUUUAUCUUUUAGCUCGACAUUGCGCUAUAACAACAUCGAAGUGCGAAAUUACAUCAAAACAGUUGGAACUUAAUAGUGGGUGUCUAAAUAUAGAUUAUUCAUCUAAAACAACAUAAAUAUUAUAUAAAAUACUCACCAAUCAACUUUUAAAGUUGUUUUAACUUGAAUCUGGCCAAAGUUCUCAAAACGUUACCGGAAAAUACACUAUAAUAACAAAAAAGUGUAAAUUCAGAUAAAACCUGGAAAACUCGAGCCAGCAAUAGCAUUUUACAACACAGACAAUAUUUAGAACAGCAAUUUGUAGUGAAAUCAAGGAGAUUCAUCGAAAUAUUAUCCAUGAAAAAAAUUUCUGAAAAUAUUUUACGCGAGAAUUUCCUUUUGGUCCCGCCACGAUAAGACAUAAUGCCAGGUUCAUGGCGAUAUUUCAAAAAUGGAUUUUUCGGGGGUUUACAGGUCCUUUAAUAGGACCUACUUGUAGGUACUAUAAUAUAUACUGUUUGAAUAGUGUAUCGUAGAUUCGGAUAGUAAAACACAUUUUAGAAUCAAUUUACAUAGUUUAUGAUAAGAAGAGCUUAAAAAUAAAAAAAUUUUUUCAGCGUCAAGACGCGAGGACGAGAAUCAGUCGAGCUACACGAGACUUUGCUGAAACUGGAGACUUUGGAUUGACAUUGCAAGAACAUUUGAAGCUCACGAGUUACCAGACUUUAAUGCUAACACAAACAUGGCCAAGGAUGAAGGCUAGCGUCUUCAACAGUGUUUUCAGGUAAAAUAAGCUACAGUUUAUUAGCAUAAUAAUAAAUAUUGAUUAAAAAAUGGUUUUUUCCUCAAAUUUUUAAAAAUGACGUUUCGUUUAGUUUUUUUUGGUUUAAAAGUAUAUAGAAAAUGCAAAAAGUCAUAACCAUAAGCUUGUAGCUGGUAUCAAAAUUUUUUUGUCGACAUUUAAAUUAGAAUACUACGGUUUAAAUUUAAAAAAGUUAUGUAAAAUAAAUUCUUUUUUUGUUUAUUCGUUACUUACUUUCAGAGAAUUGUCGCAGCGAUGUCCCAAAGUGAAAGAGUUGUUCCAGAAGACGAGUAUCGUUGGUGGAUUCUCGGCCAACAAGUGCUACGACAUCAAGGAACAUGUAAAACAACUAAUCGAGCUCUAUGAUCUCAGCAUCCAGGAUCUGAAUGCACCGUGCAAGAUUUCACAGGUAAAAACCCUACCUCAAUGUUAUAUUAUGUAGUUAUUAUUCUUUAUAAUCUACUUUUUACGCUUUUUUAAUUUUAAAAUUUUUAAAAUUUUAGUUUUUUGAAUUUUAACUUUUCAAAUUUUUUUAAUUUUAAAAUUUCAAAAUGUCAAAAUAAUGCCAUUCUUUCCAGGACCGCCUAAUGAACAUAGGUGAGCAACACUUCUCAAUUUGUGGCCCUGGAGCCAGUAGUAUCUGGGACGAUCUGGGUGUAGCUCUAACUGAAGCCAUAUCCAAAGCCGACGCUACACGAGGGAAGCGAGAAGCCUUCAAGGCUUACAUCGCCUUGACAUCGUUCCUAGUGGACUCGAUGAAGGCUGGCUACAGUCAGCAAGCCAAGAGAAAGAGCCUGACUAGGGCUUCUAAUGGGCAUCUUAACAAAAAUAUGUAA